GAUUUUUGACUAAUUACAAAUGACUAAUUACCUCCUUCUUUUCGAUGUCGGUUAAAAAUAAAAUGAAAAGAAAAUCACAAAAUAUGGAAUUUACAAAGAACGAAGUUGUUUAAAACGCAAUGGUAGAAAGAAAUCAACCCUAGCGAAGAUAUUUCAAGCAGAGAUGUUGUACAUUGGAAAGGCCAUGACUUUAUCCAUGACUCUGGUCAGACGCCAGAUCUCGCUCUUGUCCACAGAACACAUAAUUUUUGCUUUUCAUUUGAUAGAAAUUCGCUACGUUGACUAACAAAUAUUUUUCUUAUAACAAUUUUCAAGAGGAAUUCACUAUUGAAUGAAAGUAAAAAUUUGCAUAAAUGGUGGGUGGAUGGGAUGAAGUAGGGCGGGUCUUCAAACCACAGCAACCUCCUCGUGGGACUAUGCCUUUCAGAUUCUGAAGUGUAUCACAUUGCAACUACAAUUUUACGGAACGAAAAUUAAUAAUAAUGAAUGCAUGGUCAGUAUUGUUUAAUUAUGUACUUAUUCAUAUAACUAUCGUAGCAUCCACGUGUCAUUUAGGUGUAUGCGAAAGGUGACGUAGUAUAGCAUGCCGUUAGUUGAUAGGGUUGAUAGCAUGCGAUAAUUGAGGUGGCGCUUAAAUCAGUUUCUGUUCGGCCUAAUUUUCGAUGAAACGUUGACUGUUUUACCGACGCGGAAUUCGAAGUUCGGCCUCGACUCUCGCAUCCUGUUUCGCACCAUUUCUCUCUAACUCGAUACUUGUCGAGCGUCACCUUUUUCAAAAAGUGGCGCGAAACUGAUCGUCGUAUAAUUCGCAAGUGAUCGACUCAUCGGCAUCGUUUAUUUCACGAUUUCAUUUAUGAUAUAACAUUUUACAAAUUAAUAGUCACCACGACACAACACUUCGUAUGGCGACCAGUUUCACGAUCCCAUCAGAUCCGAAAAAAAUGAAGUUUUAAUGAAGCAAAUCAUACACCAAACCAGUAGAAAUAACAGCAAAUUAAAUUAAAAUCGCUGAUACAAUAUUACAGUCGAAUACACACCAAUAAACAUUAAUAUUCAAAGGCAAACAAACGUAGGCCAUACAAAAAUUUCUCAUAGGAUAUGCGUGAAUAAUCAUCUCGCUUGGUUAAAAACGGAGGCAACAGAUAUCCAUGAAAUAGAUGGAGCGUAAAUUAUUGGAUGCACGUAUCACAAUAGUGGUUGAAUUAAACAAAUAAUAGGCGCGGGAUGAGGUCGCGUGUUAGCUCUGUUUCUAACACUUUGUCACGUGUCUCUCGUGCAAACAGACACCGUACAAUUGUCGAAGCUGCGGGACAUGUCAUCAGCGAUCUAUUGUGUAUCAGAGAAUCCCACGGAUCGCCCCACGGAUCCCGUAGAAAAGGGGAUGCAUAAAUAUCUAUUACGUGUACAAUGUCCAUCCAUGAUUGCACAAUAUUUUUUGGCUUAAAAUAGAGGCUGCCUAAAGUAAACAAUGGACUGUAAUAUCCAGGGAAGUACGAAGGCUUUAGAUCAUUUUAAAAGGCGUGUAUCUUUCUAUUAGAACGUUAAUAAGAGAUAACAAGAAUCGUUCUUUGCUAUGGGAAUAGGUGUUCUCGUAAUCGGCACGAUCGUCGGCGAUAAAUUAAAAUGCGGCCGAAUCUAAAUCAGGAUCUAGCGAAGGAUGGAGGAUGAUGGAAAGAGGGAGAAGAGAUAUCUGCAGAAUGAGAAGAUGGAGGAUGCGCGAUCAACUCUCCGGGGCCAGAUAUCCUCGUGGGCCCUUCGGUUUUCGAGCAGCACCGGCCCCUAAUAACAGGGUACACCGAGGCUAAACAAACAUACACGCCCCUGGCAUCUUUCGUUGAAAGAACACACGAGAAGAAAUGUAAAAAAAAAAAAUGAAAGAGAAAAAGAAACAAUUUAGCUACGCCACUUAAAGGAUGCAUAAGCUGAGGUAUGAUAGGCAGCGAAAAAGUUAACAAGGAAUCAAGCGUGUAAGUACAUGCCUCGUUUCGUUGAGACAUAAGAUGGAGUUAUAAUCUUGAUCAUUUGAAAUAUUUUCGUUAAUUAUUAAAAAAGAAAAUGAAUAUAAAGAAGGCAAGUUUGAUUUGAAAGAUUGUACUCUUGAUACUGAAUGUCGAUCUUGUACCACUUCACCAUUUCUUAAAAUGAAAGCUGAAAUGUACGUGCCGAGCUUGGAAGGAUCUUAAAGCUUGCCAUGUAAUUAGGGGAAGUGAAGAACAAAAGAGAAUGGAAUGGUAGACAUUUCGGUAUUGUUUCCGUACAGACAGUGGUACUGUACUUGCACUUACAGCUUUCAAUAUUUUUCAAAAAUAUUGGUAGAACGCUGCUCUCUUUAUUUAAAAGCAGAAUAAAUGAAAUAUGAACCCAAAAAGAUCGUAGGGUAUGUGACACUUAACUCUCGGACGGCGGACCAUGAAGAGAACCUACAAUUUUAAUUUUCUUCGUUCCUGUAUCACUGGAUUAAAAUAAAAUUCCUACUCUAAACUGAUAAGUCACAUUCAAAGUGUAAAACAUUUGAAAAAUCUCACACGAGUUUCUUUAUCAAUAUGGAAAUAAACAGUGUGAAAGUUAAAUGUUUGAAGGGUCUGUCCAUUUGUCUCUAGCACGUGCAAAAGAGCAGAGAAGAGAUGCGCAAAAUGCGAGAGUACGAGGAUUUGUGUAAAAAAUAUACGAAGAAGAAGAAGGGUGUAAGAAAGAAGAAAGAGAAAAGCAAGGGCCCACCCUUCUGUACCCCUUGCCUACCGCAAUUUCUACUUUCACUCCUUUGCUCCGUGGCGAGGUCAGGUGGAAUCGAACUGAUCGGAUUUUACAGAAGAAAAUAACUUUUUGAGCUAUUGAAUCGUGUAUGCGAUUAACGAACGUGACCAGAAACAAUGGGCACGUAAGGUGUGAUUAAUACGUACAAACGUUGCUGGUGUAUUAAUUAAAAUUAAACGUAUUCCCUUGAACUAUACGAUCCGAAGUUGUGCGGAACGCUUUUGCAUUUCGAUUGAAUGCGGCUAGGAAAAGAGCAGCAAGGAAUAAGAAUACAAACGGCAAAGAGUCGACGCCGGGCGCGAGUACAAGGAGCGGGUGCACGGCACACACGUACACCUAUAGUACGUUCGCGUCUGUAAACGUUGUAAAAGGCGGUAGCAAACGGAGCACGCUUUAAUCCACUUUUCAGCACACCGUCGGGGCCUUUUGACUGUGCGGAAAGCGUUAAUUGGAGACUGCGUCACGAUCAGGCAAAGGAAGCCUUUCAAAGCGGAAAUCUCCGUGUGAUACUGCCUGCAGACUUUUUGUUUUUCAGGAUAAGUAGAAAACGCUGUUUCUUCUUACGCGUCACUCGUGUAGAUCCGAACGUAUCAUCAAUAGGCAUCAUAGGUUACGAGACCCCGGGACUAGUCAAUGAGACCUCCAGUUUAAGUCAAUCUAAAUGCUAACCAUAGCAUUUACUGAAACAUCACUAUAGAUGAUACUGAUCAACUGAUGGAAAUCACACUGGGAAAUAUAUUUGCAAAAUCCUAAGAUUAUGGCCGACAAAGGAAUUUGUCUUGAUUUAAGCGAAGCACCCUGUAUUUGCUCGAGAUUAAAUGGAGUUUUCAUACCACAGUUACGAGAUGCGCAUCGAUAAAUGCCUAUAUAUCACGUUUCGAUGCUGGAGUAGGGCGCUUUCAGCAGCAUCGAUAAAAUAUAAAGUAAUGACGAACUUAACCACAUAAUGGUUGAGAUUAAGUUAAUGAGCGUACGACGAGAAUAUUGAGAAGAAAAUAAAAGAUGGUGAACGAAUUUGCGUGUUUUAUAGGCAGCUGCCAAUAGUCGUGAUUGGUCUCGCAGGGAACACGUUCAUGCAAUACCUCUUGCAAUGCUCGUUCUGCAUAAAAGUAAUCAUCGUCCCUUUUUCUCAUCAUUUUCAGCUGUGUUGUAUCUCUUUUAUGGAAGCUUUUCAAUCAGCUUUAAAUUUGCAAAAUAUGUUUACUGGUUCCAUACUUUAUACUUUGUGUUUUAUCUUUUAUCGUUAAGGCAGAGGUUACUCUGUUAUUUUAUUCAUGACUUCAUAAUAAUCACCUUUCAUAAUUAAGAACGUAUCGAAAGGUAAGAGGAAUUUAAAGUUUAGAUUUAAUAUAUGUAUAAUAUUCCAGUCUUAAUUAAAAUCUUUAUUUAUGUACUUUUGAUAAUCUUCAUAUGGUUAUCUAUGUCAGCGAUCCGGAUUUACUGCAAUAUUAUAUCCGCGAUUUUCUAUUUUAUUGGUAGACAGUUCGAUGCGAUGGCUUUUUUUAUUUUUAUCUGGAUCAUGGAUCAAGUCUGGUACUCCAAUUUUAAUUCUCCCCUUAGUUACCGCUACACGAAAGACCGAGACCAUCCGAUCUACACGACGCCUGAAACGAGCGAUUCUCGUAGGUAGACUUCGGCCGAGCUCGGGCGGGCUCGACUAGUUUCGGCACGCCAAGCCUGCGUCGACCCCAGUCAACCCAUGGCGGUCGGAGCACAUAACUGGUUGUGACUUUCAUGAGGCAAGUACCUCGCGCGCUCUCGUGUAUGCAUUUUCGUUCAAUCUUCCGUCUUUUGUUUAAUAUUUUUAUUAUACAGACUGUCAAGCGAGCUAAUAAAUCGUUUCGAAUUGUUUCGUCGAUGUUUUUCAAUCGUAAUACGUAGGUGUCGUUAUAUACGAUCCGAAAAGUAGUUCAUACGACGAACUGUCAAAAUUCGGUUCAGUUAGAAGUAAUCGUGCAGUAUUAUCGAGAUUAUAACACUCUUUAAUCCGUUUGGAAACAUUGCAAUAGAACGACGUGAUGUCACGUGCGCCUACAGUAGUAAAACAACGAUACACGUUACCCACGUACCAUGAAUCCAGUUAGAAGAGUUUAACGUUGUUUAUAGCGUAACGUAACGCGUGUUUCGGAGUAACCUAGUAUAUACGACCGGUUAAACACGUGGUGGACACGAUGCUUCUUAAAUUGGCAGUAUUACUGUUCGUAUUCUACGUGCAGCCAGGUGCAAGUUACUUCAACCUAUUCCUUAGCCAAGCAGAAGUGCGGAAACUAAUGGGUCUCCAGGCGGAAUUAUUCUACGUAAGGGAAGGCGUUAUAAACGAAUACGCAAUUAAAUUCGUGGUCCCAGUGCCAGCGCAGGUUCACAAGUUACAUUUCACUUGGGAGAACCUUGCCGGCAGGCCGUUACCGUAUACAAUGUCUGUGGAUAUCAGUAACCCAACUGCUUUGAGCAGUUCUUUGAACAUAUCUCAAGCUGGUGAAAUACCUGUCGGUGGUCUUCAAACUUGGGCUUUGGCUUUGCAUUGCGGCCCUUACGACGCCGAGGUCGACCUAAGCCUUCGGAUAAACGUCUCGUUAUCGAGACGAAACACGACCAGCUUGGACUUCAAGCGAAAGAAAAUCUGCUUAAAGGAUAAAAGUAACAUAGGAGCGGAAGAAAUUCUCGUUGCUGCAUCCGGUUCAACUUCUGGCGGACAAGUGUUUUACGCUGCAAUCGGAUGUGCCUGUGCUUUCAUCGCUGCCAUUUUCGUCCUCGUUAUUGCUUACUACGUUCGAGAUAAAAAGACUAGAAGGCAUCGUGAUCCCCUUCAAGAAUCAAGGGGUCUUAGCUCUGCCUGCAGUGUAGAAAGGGGCACAGGAGUUGGACCUGCACAGACAUUUUUGUCACCGGAAACACCUCCUCCUACCUCUGCUACAUCUACUUCUACUUACAGAAGAUUAGACGACCGACCUAGUAGAGAGUUACACGAAAGAAUUCAAGAAAUCACAGUCCAAAGAUGCAGGGUACGCCUCCUUAGCAUCGAAAUGGAGGGCACAUUUGGUCGCGUGUAUAGAGGCAGUUAUCACGAAGAGGGUGCGUCUUCCCCGAGGGAUGUCCUAGUGAAAACUGCUGCUGAGCAUGCUUCACAAUCGCAGGUUGCUCUUUUGUUACGAGAGGGUCUAGCGUUGUACGGUUUAAGUCACCAAGCCUUACUCCCCGUUUUGGGUGUUUCCAUCGAGGACAGGAGCGCGCCUUUCCUCCUGUAUCCGCACACCGGUUACAAGAACAUGAAGAGGUUCUUGCUGAGGUGUAAGUUGAGCAGCGAAGGGCCACCGAGAGCCCUAACUACGCAAGAAGUCGUGGAAAUGGCCCUUCAAGCUGCAAAAGGGGUCCAGUAUCUUCACAGAAAGAGACUGGUGCACAGAGAUUUAGCCGCCAGGAAUUGUGUCGUCGACGAUGAUCUGAGGGUUCAAAUCACGGACAAUGCUCUGUCCAGAGACCUCUUCCCCCAGGAUUAUCAUUGUCUUGGUGACAAUGAAAAUCGUCCGAUUAAGUGGCUCGCCAUUGAAAGUUUACUCAAUAAAACGUUCAGCACUGCUUCGGAUGUGUGGGCAUUCGGUGUUCUAUUAUGGGAACUCACGACCCUAGCACAGCAGCCGUACGUGGAAGUGGAUGCAUUCGAGAUGGCUUCCUAUCUGAGAGAUGGAUAUAGAUUGGCACAACCGAUCAAUUGUCCCGACGAAUUAUUCGCAGUUAUGGCUUAUUGUUGGGCAAUGUCCGCGGACGAGAGACCGACAUUUAGCCAGCUAAUCGUGUGUCUUCAAGACUUUCACACUCAAUUGACCAGAUAUGUUUGAAUGUGAAUUAUUAAAAAUCAAACAGGUUUGAAACUGUAUAAAAAACGUGCAACAGUGAAAAGUGCCGGGAGUAUGUGUACAUAAUAGUAGUACUUAAAGAAAUUAAUUUUUAAGUCCACCAGGAAAGUCGACUAAAUAUAUGACCUGACUAGAAAGUAGUUCCUUAUGUAUUUUAUAACAGAAUAGAUAAUAGAGUCUUUUUAUUAAUAGUCCUUGUAGAGUUUUCGAUGUAAACAGUUUUGUAGGCGUUAAGUAUAUAAAGACACUUAAUUUUUCUAACA